AUGCCGGUGAUGUUGCAGGUGGAUCCUACAAAUCUCCUAACAUCUUCUAUGGCUAUUCGUAUGCUUAACCUUGCAGCACUUCUCUUGGUCCUGAUUUCAUCAAGGAUCCAACUCUCUGCAUGUCAAGCUCUCAAGGGCAAGGUGUCUUGCCUUGACUGCAAGAACCAUUACGACUUCUCAGGAAUCAAGAUUUUGGUGAAGUGUGAUAAGGUGAAGAAGCUAUCUAUGGCGAACACGAAGGAAGACGGUUCCUUCGCGGUUGAUCUUCCCUCGGAAUCCACCAAGACGCCUCUGAAUUGCCUUGCGAAGCUUGUUGGAGGCCCUAGUGCCCUUUAUGCUUCAAAGAAGGGCGUAGUGUCCCAGAUUGUUAGGGCUGAUGGUGAGAAUAGUGGCUUCUACGCCAUCUCUACCCCUCUUGCCUUCUCCACCAAGUGCCCUUCAAAGGUCAUGAAAUGUGGUGUUGGGUCAUCUAAGACCGUCGAUCUGCCUCUGCCACCCGAAUGGGGACUCGCUCCGUCUAGCUACUAUAUUCCCUUCGUCCCCAUCAUAGGUAUUCCUUGAAUACCAGCAAUCUGCAUGGCUGGCUAUAUAUAGUUGUAUAUGUGUGGUUUUCUGUAAGAAAAUAUGUGCUUCAUUAUUAUGUUUUUGCUGUAAUUCUAUCAGUGUAUUAAUUCACAGCUUAUGAAUUAUAUAUGUUGUA